UUAAUUUCUUUUCCCUAGGAUCGGACUUAAUUUUGUUCUUCGCACACAAAAAUAAACGCAUCAAUUUAUCAUCAUCUUUAAUUUGUUUAAUUUAUUCUGAAUCAUAAACUAUUAGUCUAUUACUAUAUAUGUUACUUUUUCUCUCUCUCCCUCUCCCUCUCCCUCCCCUUCUUAUCUUCUUCUUCUUCUUUGGUUUUCUUUUUUUAUUUUCCUUGAAAUAAAGAGUUAGGGUUCUCUUUUAUUGUUGGAGCAAAUAAUAUCAUUGAUUGCUUCUUGCUUUCCCAAGAUCUUUACCAGCAUAUUUCGUACCGUCUGAGUUCCGGCCAGUCCAAGAAAUUUCUUGCUUGGCCUUACAUAUUUUAAUGUUACGUUAAAGUGAAAGGUCUUUGGUAUUUUCUUCAGCCUUCAAGAGAGUUUAGACGCCUGAAGAAAUGGUCUUGUAUGUUGAAUCUAAUGUGGACUAGGAAAGAGUAGGGACCUUACGAGCACAUAUAUGUAUAACUACAUAAAGAAGAUAUAGAUAUGAGAAAAAGAGUACGGUAAAAUUGAUUAGAUCUGGAAAGAAAUGGGGAGGGGAAAGAUCGAAAUAAAAAGGAUCGAGAACACAACGAAUAGGCAGGUGACGUUCUGCAAGCGAAGAAAUGGACUUCUGAAGAAAGCAUAUGAGCUAUCAGUGCUGUGUGAUGCAGAAGUCGCCCUAAUUGUCUUCUCCAGUCGUGGCAGACUCUACGAAUACUCCAACAACAAUAUAAGGUCAACUAUUGAGAGAUACAAAAAGGCAUGCUCGGAUCAUUCAUGCACCAGCACUGCCACCGAAAUUAACGCUCAGUAUUAUCAACAAGAAUCUGCAAAGUUGCGACAACAAAUACAGAUGCUGCAAAAUUCUAACAGGCACCUGAUGGGUGAUGCAUUGAGCACACUUACCGUGAAGGAACUUAAGCAGUUGGAGAACAGACUUGAAAGAGGAAUCACUAGAAUCAGGUCUAAGAAGCAUGAGAUGCUGCUGGCAGAAAUUGAAUACUUUCAGAAAAGGGAGAUUGAAUUGGAAAAUGAAAAUCUUUGCCUUCGGACUAAGAUAACUGAUGUUGAGAGAAUUCAGCAAGCAAACAUGGUUUCUGGACCUGAGCUGAAUGCGAUUCAGGCGUUAGCUUCUCGUAAUUUCUUCAAUCAAAGCAUGAUUGAUCAGACCGCCGGAACUGCUUACCCUCAGUCAUCAGACAAGAAGAUUCUUCAUCUCGGUGCAGGUGAAUCGUGUUCGUUUGAGGAAUAAUCCGCCAGGGGCAUGAAUAACAGUAUCAUUCGCUAUGUGACUAUUAAUAUAUCCAGAGAUUGCUGGUUGCUAAAAAAAAACAUACAGUUCGACUAAUGCUUACUGGCCUAGUUAAUUAUGUGACCAACUACAUCGUCCUUAGCUACUUGAUUGUCUUUCUUGAUAUAUAUUACUGUUACUAUUCCUAUGGACGUUCAUAUAUUGACGAUUAUAUGAUGACCGUAUAAAUAUGAUAUGGAUGA